AUGUCCAAGGCCAGGGAGCGCCGCUCCAAGUUCGAGAGCCUGCGGGCGAUGCGCAAGUCGGGCAAGACGGCCUUUGACUCGUACGAGGUCGACGACAACAAUGCACUCUACGAAGAGGUUGACGAGAACCAGUACAAGAACAUUGUGCGCGAGCGUCUGAACCAGGACGACUUUGUUGUCGACGACAACGGCGAGGGCUAUGCCGACGACGGCCGCGAGGAAUGGGACCGUACGCACGUCUACGGGAGCGACAGCGAAGACGACGGCACCGGUCUCGUAGGCCGACCAAAGGGCAGGGGCAAGAAGGCCCGCGAGGAGGACGAGGCCGAACGGGAUGCCAAGGACCGCAAUAUUGCAGAGUACUUUACCAAGGGCGCCGCCAAAGCCCAGCCCAAGUCAAAGGCCAGUCCCUUUUGUAUUGCAAAAACAGAGGAGGAUGACGAGUUCAUGUCCAACUUGCUGGGCGAGGUGCACGCCAACAUCUCGCCCGCCCUGCCGCGCAUGCCCAAGAAGCGGCCAAGCGACCAGCGCAGCCGAAGCGAUGCCAUGCCGCUCUCUGACCUACCACGGCAGACAAAGCGUGUCCGCAUUGCCGACACACUGCCAGCCCAGGCCGGCGACAACAACAACGACGAAGAUGACCACAUGAUGCCCACCAUCCACAGCGAUGCCGUGCCGCCAAGCGACGACAUUCCCAUGAGCGAUCCAAUGCCGUCGUCCCCGACCGUCCGCGUCGCCAACCGCAAGGUGCAGCCUGCCACUGCUCCCGCUGAGCACGACAGUGCUGCCGCUGCCACCGCUGCCGGAAGCGCUGAGAAAACGGCCGACAGGGACAACGAGGAGGACGAUGACGAUGCCAUGAUGGAGGUGGCCCACGCCGGCGCUGUCAACGCGGCCAGUGUGAACCUGACAGCAGCACGGCCCGUCAAGAAGGUCCUCAAGACGCCCGCGCCCUACCCGUCACCAGCCAACUCCUCGCCCGCAUCACGGGCACCCGAGACCGCCGCGGCCGUGGACCCCACGGCGUGGACCAACCUCAACCAGAAGCUCAACGUCAUGAGCAGUCCGCAACAAGCCGACGCCGUCAUCCACAGUGGCGGCAAGAUCGAUUACAAGGACGCCAUCGAGGAGGACGGCAGCUUGCACUUCUUCUGGACCGACUACACCGAGGUCAACAACAGCUUGUGCCUGUUUGGCAAGGUCCUCAACAAGAAGACCAAGAAGCACGUCAGCUGCUUCGUCAAGGUCGACAAUGUCGAGCGCAAGCUCUUUUUCCUGCCGCGCGAGACACGCGUUGUCAACGGCGCCCAGACCGACGAGACCGUCAACAUGGGCGACGUGUACGCCGAGGUCGACGGCCUCAUGGGCCAGCUCGGCGUCAAGCAGCACCGCUCUAAGCCCUGCACGCGCAAGUACGCCUUUGAGCUACCUGGCAUCCCGAAAGAGGGCCGCUACCUCAAAGUGCUUUACCCUUACUCUAACCGCCCACUGAGCGAGGCCAACAGCAGCGGCGAGACGUACUCGCACGUCUUCGGCGCCAACACGGCUCUGUUUGAGCAGUUUGCGCUGUGGAAGAACAUUAUGGGCCCGUCCUGGCUGAAGAUUGAGGACGCCGAUUUUACGUCUAUCAACAACGCGUCCCACUGCAAGCUCGAGGUCCAGGUUGCGCACCCGAACAUGGUGUCCGUUCUGGCCGAAGCUGAAGCGCCCGAGGUGCCGCCGCUGACGCUGAUGAGCCUUGCCCUGCGCAUGAUCUACGACGCCCAGUCAAAGAAGCAGGAGAUCAUGGCAAUUAGCGCCCGCAUCUACGAAAACGUCGCCCUCAGCGACACGACGCCGGCCGACAAGCUGCCGUGCCGCACAUUUACAGUGAUCCGGCCCCGAGACAAGGCGUUCCCCGUCGGCUUCGACACCCUGGCCAAGUCGCGCGGGCGUGGUGUCAUCCGCUUGGCCAACACGGAGGCCGAUAUUCUCUCGUACUUCCUCGCACAGCUGGCCAACGUCGACCCGGACGUUAUUAUUGGUCACGAGCUCGAGGGCGUCGACUACAGCGUCCUGAUUGACCGUCUGCGCCAGUGCAAGACGCCACAGUGGUCGCGUCUCGGCCGUCUCCGGCGGCAGCAAUGGCCAAACAACAUCAACCGCGUCGGCGGCAACGUUUUUGCAGAGCGCCAGAUCCUCUCGGGCCGUCUUCUGUGCGACCUGAAAAACGACGCUGGCCGCUCGGUCAUGCUCAAGUGUCAGUCGUGGACGCUGACGGAGAUGUGCAGCCUGUACCUGGGCGGCGAGGAGAACCAGCGGCGCGACGUCGACAACGAGGCCGCGCUCAACACGUGGGCCAAGACCCCGAACGGUCUCCUGGACUAUGUGGCGCACAUUGAAGCCGACACGUACUUUAUUGCCGCGCUGGCCCUGCGCGUCCAGAUCCUGCCGUUGACCAAGGUCCUGACGAACUUGGCCGGCAACUCGUGGGCGCGCACGCUGACGGGCACGCGCGCCGAGCGCAACGAGUACAUUCUGCUGCACGAGUUCCAUCGCAACAAGUACAUCUGCCCUGACAAGCAAGCCUUCCGUGGCCGACAGCGGGACGAAGACGAGCCCGGCAACGAAGAGGGCGGCGACGGUGGCGCUGGCAGCAAGAAGAAGGACAAGUACAAGGGCGGUCUAGUGUUUGAGCCGGAGCGAGGUCUCUACGACAAGUUUGUGCUUGUCAUGGACUUCAACUCGCUGUACCCGUCCAUUAUCCAGGAGUACAACAUUUGUUUUACGACCGUGGAGCGGUCUGCCUUGGCCUCAGAAGGCGAGGAAGAGGCGGUGCCGGAGGUUCCCAAGGACCAGGACCAGGGUAUCCUGCCCAAGCUGAUUGCCGGCCUGGUGUCGCGGCGUCGGCAAGUCAAGAGCCUCAUGAAGAGCAAGACGGCGACCCCCGAGCAGCUGGCCACAUGGGACAUCCGGCAGCUGGCGCUCAAGCUGACGGCCAACUCCAUGUACGGCUGUCUGGGCUACACCAAGUCGCGUUUCUACGCGCGGCCGCUGGCCGUGCUCGUCACGUACAAAGGCCGUGAGAUUCUGCGCAGCACCAAGGAGCUUGCCGAGAGCAAAGCGCUGCAGGUCAUCUACGGCGACACGGACUCGGUCAUGAUCAACGCCAACGUGGACAACGUAGAGAGCGCGCUGCGCGUGGGCCAGGAAUUCAAGAAGGCCGUCAACGACCGCUACAAGCUGCUGGAGAUUGACAUUGACAACAUCUUCCGGCGGAUCCUGCUGCAGGCGAAGAAAAAGUACGCGGCCAUCAACCUGAUCGAGUCUGGCGGCAAGUAUGUCGAGAAGAUGGAGGUCAAGGGUCUCGACAUGCGGCGGCGCGAGUACUGCGCACUCUCCAAGGAGAUGUCGACGCGCAUCCUCAACGAGAUCCUGUCGGGCAACGAGACCGAGGUAUCGGUGACGCGCGUGCACGAGUACCUGCGCGAGAUGGCGGCCAAGAUGCGCAGCGGCGACCACACGCCGGCCAACGGCGUGCCGGCCAACAAGUACACCAUCUUCACACAGCUCGGAAAGGACCCCACGGACUACCCCAACGCCGACAGCAUGCCACAAGUGCAGGUGGCGCUGCGUGAGGCGAGCCGCGGCAAGAAGAUGCGCAAGGGCGACGUCGUCAGCUACAUCAUCGCCACGGGCGAGAACGCGCCGACGUCGGAACCGGCGCCCAAACGCGCCUACAGCCCCGGCGACCUCCUCAAGAAGGACUCGGGCCUGUCGCCGGACGUCGAGUGGUACAUUGCCAAGCAGAUCUUCCCGCCCGUCGAGCGUCUGUGUGCCAACAUUGUGGGCACGUCGACGGCGCAGCUGGCCGAGAACCUGGGUCUCGACAUGCGGCGCUACGGCAACAACAACGGGCAUGCCGGUGCCGGCAACGGCGGCAGCGGUGCCAACGGCACGAGCGAGCUGGAGAUCCACCCGCUCGAGACGCAGAUCCCCGACGAGAUCCGGUUUAGUGACUGCACGCGCCUGCAGCUGCGCUGCCGCAAGUGCAAGACGUCGGGCCUGUUUGAAGGGCUGUCGGCGACGGCAACAGCAACUGCGCCCGUCGAGGGCGAAGAGGCGCCGGCGGCUUUCAAGACCAAGGUCACACCCGCGGGCAUUGCUUGUGGAAAGUGCGAGACGACACUGUCGACGCUGUCGGUGGUUGCCCAGAUGGAGCACGCCGUGCGCGUCGCCACGACCCGCUACUACGAGGGCUGGCUCGUGUGCGACGACGCUUCGUGCGGCAACCGCACGCGCCAGAUGAGUGUCUACGGCGCGCGCUGCCUGGGGCCCAAGGGCCUGGCGCGCGACUGUCUCGGCCGCAUGCGCUACGAGGUCCGCGAGCGCGACAUUUACAACCAGCUGCUCUACUUUGCCAGCCUCUUUGACACCGUCCCGCUGGGCGACCAAGAGCGCAUCCUGGCGCUGGCGGAGCACAACCGCGUGCGCUUUGGCACGGUCAAGGCCGUGGUCGAGCGGUACCUGGACAAGUGCGGCCGGCGGUGGGUGGCCAUGGACACGCUGUUUGCGAAGCUGGGAUUUGCUGCGGGCGCCAUGGCCAUUGUGAAGCGGGACGUGGUGUAG